ACCAGCUGGGCAGGAUCCGUUGGAGGUUUCGUGGGCGCCGCUCAGGAUAGCAAUUCUUUCCCAUUUGUCCCCGGGCAGGAUAGCAAUUCUUUCCCAUUUGUCACCGGGGUUGGACGUUGGUUGUUGCUGUAGACGUCUGGAAACUUCGGAAUCGGGAAACAUCGAGGGAGGAGGAGCGAAUGAGGACAAGGGCCAAUGGGCAUGCGAUGACGAGCACGACACGCACGCUGACGAGCACGACCAUGCAGGGGGGAGGAUGGUUGAUGGAGGUAACGAGGAGGGAAACACAGAGGGAGGAGCAGCGGGUGAGGACAAGAGAAAACAGGCGUGCGACGAUAAUCUUUGACAUACACGGUCACGAGCGUGACCACACACGGGGGAGGAUGGAUGGCGGAGGUAAGGAUGGAGGAAGAGGGAAGAUGGAGGGAGGAGAGGGGAUCCUGGAGAUGGCUAUGGCAGGAUCUUUGUCACGUUGUUUGGCGGAGGAGUGGGAAAAGGAGCGGGAGGAGGAGUGGGAGGAGCUGGAGGAGGAGCGGGAGGAGGAGCUGGAGAAGGAUCAGGAGGGGAAAUGGGAACGGGCGGGAGGAGAUCCGGGAGGAGGCCCAGGGGGAGAAGCGGGAGGAGGAGGAGCAGGAGGAGGUGUGGGAGGAGCUGGAGGAGGGGGAGGAGGAGCGGGAGGAGGAGAAGGAGCGGGAGGAGAAACGGCGGGAAACGGGGAGGAGUGUAGAGAGAAGUUUGGGAAGAAGGCUGUCGGUGAGGAUGUGAAGGGAAAGGGCGCCCGGAGACGAAAUGGACGGAGGACGAGGAAGGAUGAUGAGCAUGAUGGAUGGCGGAGAGGACAUGGACUGAGGAGAAUAGAGGGAGGAGAGCUUGGGAGGAGGACAGAAAACGGCGAAGGGCUAGGACGAGGAGUCCUUUUUCGAACGAUGGAAGAGGAGAGGAGGACAAAGACGAUGGUUUGUGGAGGGAAGAUGGACGGAGGAGAGGGGGGGAGAAUGGAGAAGGACAACGCAGAAGAACGUGGGAGGACGACGGACGAGGACGAUGGAGGAGGACAACGAGACAAUGGAGAAGAGGUAGAACGGAGAUGGACGGGGGAGAAGGGGGGAGAAGGGAGAAGGGUAACGCAGAAGAACGAGGGAGGACGGCGGACGAGGACGACGGAGAAGAAUGAUGGAGGAGAAGUACGAGACGAUGGAGGAGAGGGAGAACGGAGGUUCGUUGAUACGGAGGAAGAGACCACCGAGGGAAGAUGGACGGAGGAGAAGGGGGGAGAAUGGAGAAGGACAACGCAGAAGAACGAGGGAGGACGAUGGGCGAGGACAACGGAGAAGAACGAUGGAGGAGAACGUCGAGACGAUGGAGAAGAUGGAGAACAGAGGUUGGUCGAUGAGGAAAACAAGCAAGAGAUCGAGGUGGGGAAAGAUGAGACGCUUGAAUAUGUUUGCAUGGCUUUUUUGAAAAUUGAAAAUGCACGUCUUCUGUUCGACCGUCUUCACCUAAGAGAAAUCCGUGCUGAAGUGUACCAGAAUCUUCAUGACCAUGUCAUGCGUUAUGACAAUUCAGAGAACGUAUUAUCUUCCCAGCAACUUCCACCGGUGGACCCCGUGAUAUGCGUCGACUAUACGAGGAUGCAAUGGCCGCCGUCCAACAGCUCGGCGCGCCGGAUCUCCUCAUCACAUUAACAUGUAAUUCGAACAUGCUUUCCUUCCUGAUCAGCAGCCCGUGGGCGAACCACACUUACUAGCUCGCGACUUCAAAGGAUACUUUCGUGAGCUCGGGCGUGACAUCCAUUCUUCUCAUAUAUUUGGUGUGACCGCUGCAUAUGUGCAUUCUAUUGCAUUCCUACAAAGUGGCCUUUCAAAUGCUCAUAAUCGGUAUACUUGAAUAUCGCAAAAUUUCCACACCUGAACAAAUGGACAGUAUCGUAUCUGCCUACGUGAACUUGUCCUAUCCCCUAUGGAAAUGAACAAAUUGAUAAGUC